CAGCCUCUCCCUGCUCGAAGGACAUUCCCAAAUCGCAUCCCACCGGGAUACCGUGAUGGAGCUUUCUUCAUCUGGGCUAAUUCUGAGGCCUUUGAUUUCUUUUCCAUAGGGAAAAGGCCUCAUUUCAGGCACUCCCUCUGCUCUACUUCCAGCGCCGCAUUCCCAAUGGGAUGGUUGCUCCGGAAAGCCGGGAAGAAAGGCCCGAGACAGGGAUGUGCUCCUGGAGCAUGGGGGUUUGGCCCUGCUCCGGGUCUGCCAGGCCUCUGCUCCAUAGGGAUCAGUGAGGGGCUGCUGUGGUUCCAGCCUCAGUUACUUCAUCCCAUGAAGUUAACAGUGGGAAAGGGAACUCUGGAAUGCUCCCUUUCCUUCUGAUGGCAGGGAAGGGAAGGGAACGGUGCCGGUGUUCCAGGAUGCGGCUCCCGAAUCCUGGUUGGAUUCCCUCCGUGCCCGGGAUAUGGGGCACCUUUUAGUUGUGGAUCGGGAGCGGGUCGAGGGCUCAGUAUCCCGGUGUCUGUGUCCCGGUGUCUCCAUCUCUCGUGGCUCCGGAUCCCAUUGGUUUUCCCUUCCCAAGGACACAAAUCCUCACUGGUUUUAGGUGUUCUCCUGCAUUUCCAACCCCUCAAGUGCUGCUUGAGCCCCAUUCCUGCUUGGAAAACGGGGCUGGUUUGGGAUUGAAGCUGAAUGAAAGCCUUAUCCUGGGGGAGCUGGGCACAUUCCCAUUCCCUGGGGUGAUUCCAUGUGUCCCGGAGGGCGGGAGAUGACCGUGCUCUGCUUUCCAUUCCAGGCAAAUCCCUUCAAGAUGGAUAUCGAAGACUGUAACGGGCGAUCCUACAUCUCUGGAAUCUGCUCUUCCUGGAAGGUGAGCGGCUGCGUGCGCCCUGGCAGCGGCGCGGACCUGCACCCGCAGCCGGGGCUCCAGCGCUGUUUCCAAGGAGUUGGCUGUGAGAACGCUCCGGGCUAUCUGCAGCAAGGCAGUGGGGAUUCCUCCCUGGAGAAGGAAUUCAGCUCAGCCAUCGUGGGGCCCCCCGUGAGCACCCCCAACAGCCAGCACUCGUCCCCGAGCCGCUCGCUCAGUGCCAGCUCCAUCAAGGUGGAGAUGUACAGCGACGAGGAGGGCAGCCGCCUGCUGGCCCCGGACGAGCGCAUGCUGGACAAGGACGACAGCGUCAUCGUGGAGGAUUCCCUCUCGGAGCCCUUGGGCUACUGCGACGGCCCCGGCCAGGAGCCCCAUUCCCCCGGUGGCAUCCGCUUGCCCAAUGGCAAGUUGAAGUGCGACAUCUGCGGCAUGGUCUGCAUCGGCCCCAACGUGCUCAUGGUGCACAAGCGCAGCCACACGGGGGAAAGGCCCUUCCAUUGCAACCAGUGCGGAGCCUCCUUCACCCAGAAGGGAAACCUCCUGCGCCACAUCAAGCUGCACUCCGGAGAGAAGCCCUUCAAGUGUCCCUUCUGCAACUACGCCUGUCGGAGGCGGGAUGCGCUCAGCGGGCACCUCCGGACACACUCCGUCUCCUCCCCUACGGUGGGCAAGCCCUACAAGUGCAACUACUGCGGCCGCAGCUACAAGCAGCAGAGCACGCUGGAGGAGCACAAGGAGCGGUGCCACAGCUACCUGCAGAGCCUGCACCCGGAGCCGCCGGCCCUGGCCAGCCAGGCAGGGGAGGAGAUGAGGGAGCUGGAGAUGGUGCCGGAGGCGCUGCUGCAUCCCUCCUCCGAGCGGCCCAGCUUCAUCGACCGCCUGGCCAGCAGCCUCACCAAGAGGAAACGCUCCACGCCCCAGAAGUUCGUGGGGGAGAAGCAGAUGAGGUUCAGCCUCUCGGACCUCCCCUUCGACGUCAACUCCGGCUUCGAGAAGGACGUGGAGAUGGUCUCAGCCCAUCACCCCCUGGACCCUGCCUACGGCGCCUCCUUAUCCCUGCUGGGGGGGGAGCACCUCCGCGGCCUCCGCCUGCCCCCCACAAACUGCAUCUCGGAGGUGACCCCCGUCAUCAGCUCCGUCUACACCCAGCUCCAGGCGCUGCCGGCCCGGCUGGAGCUGCCGGGGGGCCGGGAGGCGGCCGAGGGCCACGAGGACGUGGGCGAUGCCGUGCCGGUGCUGUACCGGGGCCGGGAGCACGCCGGGUCCCCCCCCAACGGCUGCGCCGACUCCAGCGACACCGAGAGCAACCACGAGGAGCGGAGCUCGCAGGGGCCCGCGGGGAGCAGCCGCCAGAGCCCAGCUUACGCCAAAGAGGACCCCAAGGUGCCGGAGGGGCCCCCGGCCGCCCGCUCCACCCCGAGCUCUGCCAAAGAAGCGCUGAGGGUGCUCAAUGAGGACGGGGAGCAGCUCCGGGCCUUCAAGUGCGAGCACUGCCGCAUCCUCUUCCUGGACCACGUCAUGUUCACCAUCCACAUGGGCUGCCACGGCUUCAGAGACCCUUUCGAGUGCAACAUCUGUGGCUACCACAGCCAGGACCGGUACGAGUUCUCCUCCCACAUCGUGAGGGGCGAGCACAAAGUUGGUUAACCCCCCCCUCAUCCCCGUUAUCCCCGUUACUCCCCGUUAUCCCCAUCCCUUGGCUCUCGCUCAGCCCCCCCCCCCCCGACCCUCGGGCAUGGAACUGUUGUUGUUCUUUUUUACCUCCUUUGCACUGAUUUUGGCUACGAAAAACAAACAAAAACGAUGGAAAAAGAAAAAAAUCACUCCCAAAACCACCCUGAACCCCCCCCCCCGGGGGGAGGGGGGGGGGGCUGGGAACCAUUUGCCUUUUUAUAUUUAAAUACUAAUGGACUUUUUUGGGCCCCCCCCCAAAAAACACCUCCCUCCCAUUGUUAUUUAUUGAGCUCUUGAGUUGCUCUUUUCUAUCUCUUCUGCCCCUUCUGGAGUCACACUCGCUGGGGCUCUUCCUGAUCCCGAUCCCGAUCCCGGCUCCAAGCCCUUUCCUUGGUCAAACCUCAGAUUCGGUGCUAACCCCCCCCUCUAUGGGACCCCCCACCUCCAUCAGCUGUGACCCCCCCCCAUUUAACCCGGUUUGGGGGGGUCGCUGCACCCUGAGCUUUAAUGAGUCUAUCCUGGGGGACCCGCUGCUGCCCCCCCCCCUUCCCGGUGCUGCCGGAUUUACCCGGUGAUUCCCAAUGGGAUUUGAACCCCACCCCCGUCCCCAUACUUAGCCCUGCUUGGGGGGGGGAUGAGAUUCCAUAUUGCUCCCCUUAAAUGAAGGCAGGAAGAUGGGAUCUCCUCCUCCUCCUUCCCCCCUCGCCAUUCCCAAGGGAUUGGGGGGGGCUCUCCCGGUGCUCCAGGGUCACUCCUCUUCGGGGUAUCAACACCCCCAGCAUGGAGCUUUGGAUCCUCAAUCCUUUGGGAUGGCUUUAGGGCCGGGGGGGGGGGGGGGCAGAACACAUGGGGGGGGUUGCCCAGGCCCCCCUUUGGGGUCCCUUAUCCAAAGGGGAAAGCAGCCGCGAACCAAAAAUGAAGCGGGGGCCUCACCCGAUGCUGGUGCCCUCCCGCAUCCCCCCCUCUUUAUAUCCAUAUCCCUUGGGGGGGGGUCCUGAUUCCCCCCCCCCCAGGCCCAGGACGCAUAAAAGCCCCCCCGGGGGCUCCUGAGGGUGAAACCAAAGCCUGUUCCUUUUGUACCAACGCAACCACCUCAAUGCGGCGGCAACAGCUCCCGUUGCCCCUGUUCCCCCCCUUUUGCUAUUAAUUAAUAUUAUUACUAUUAUUAUUAGAUAUAUAUUUAACCCCCCCCUUUCUAUAUGGGGGGGAUCACUGGGGCUCAGCCCCCCCCUUCUCACCCCCCCACCCCCCCAAACCACCCCAAAAAGGGGCUUUUCCAACCCAAACCAAGCGCUGCACUUGGAGCACCCUUGGGUUGGUUCAUUACUUGGGGGGGGGGUGGGGGGGUGUCUUUUGUUCUUUUCCUUCCUUUUCCCUAUGGAAUUCCAUUCCCCCUGCCGACCCUAGGAAUUUUGUACACCUCCAGGCGCUUUACUCUGUAAAUGUCUAUUUUUGAAGCAGAUGGAUGAAGAACAAACCCUGAGGAUGAUGAGGGUGAGGAUGAUG